AUGUUUCGGAGACUUAAAUGGUUUGUGGGUCUGAAUCAGAAGAAUUGGUCAACCAAAAGGUUGGUCAAUGUUGAACGUCAACAACCUGGCCCUGCAAGGCCAAACCAGUUGCCUAUGCUCGAUGCUGUGCACGAGGUUGCAAUUUACAUUCAUAGGUUUCAUAAUCUUGACCUCUUUGAACAAGGAUGGUACAAAAUCAAGGUUAGCAUGAGAUGGGAGGAUGAUGAAGAGUCUUAUCCCGGCAUUCCGGCGCGGGUUGUUCAGUAUGAAGACAUGGAUUUCGGGUUCAUUGAGAUCAUGUGGCUGUGUCAUCAAGGUUGUGUGUUAGAACCGGGCAAAAAUGUGUUCUUUACAUGGAAAUUACACUUGGCAUUUGACAAGAAAACCAACCUUGUCCUCAGGCUGAUAGAUGUUGUUAAGGUUGUGCUAGUGUUCCCAAAAUCCACAGAGGCAAAAUGUGUUUGGUGCUGGGAUGCUGGAAAAGGAUUGAAACUUAUCAAAGGAUUGAUCAACUCUUCUAUGGGUUUCCUCAAAGUGGUUGUCGGCCAGUUUACAGCUAUUGUGAUUGGCCAUGGCAGAGUCUGGAUGAUUGAUGAUACCGACAACAGUUUUUCAACACCGCCAUUCCAUAUUAAAUAUGCAAGACAGGAUGUAUUUCUUGCCAUCAUGAUCUCAUUCUACCUGUCUUUUGGUGAAUAUGAGGGACAACCCUCUUCGGUUAUCUUGAAGUUUGAACUCAUGCAUGCUCCUAUAAUUGGAACUGGGCCUGAGUUACAAGGUUCACUGGAUGCAUAUGCUGCUUCAGUUCAUGAAUAUAAAAUCCCCCCUAAAGCUCUUCGGGGCUUGCAUUCAUAUUGUCCUGUUCAUUUUGACGCUUUCCAUGCUGUCCUUGUUGAUACAAGCAUUCACAUCAGCCUACUAAAAGCUAGUUAUCACACCUCUCGACAGAAGGUAUCCAGUGAUUCCCGAGGUUCAGAAGGUGCUUAUGUUGAAGAUUAUGUUGGGUCAAACAAGGUUUUACUCAUCAAAGCAUUGAUGGCUGCAUAUGAUGUCCUGCUUGAAGAUUUGAGAAGAAUAAGCACAGGCAUUGGCAAAGCCAUUGAUUUGACUGAAAUUACUUUUGAAUCAGAUGCUACAGAAUGGUUUGCAUCUACUCCACCAGCUUGUUUGAAAAGUGUUGAUGGUGAACCAUCACUUCAACUGUCUGACAUGACACAAAGUGCUGAGAAGUCCUGGGUGAUUGAUCGUAGAACUGAAUGGUCAAUAUGGAUGGUGUACUCAAAAGUUGCAAUGCCUCAUCAAAAUAUGAGCAAUGGAGUUGAGGGGACUUUGUUGCCCCAUGGUAUACAUAGAAGUUCAAUACUUACAAGGAGGUUUACUGAUGAUCCUAUUCAAACUGCAACAAUGCGCGCAGAACUUCACAGGCGGGGAAUAGCUCAAAUGAGAAUCAACAAUCGGUCACUUCAAGACAUGUAUAUAUUUGGAGAUCCUCUGCUGGUUCCUAUCAUAAUUGUAGAACGCCUGGAAAAUGUGUACCAUUCUGCCAGUGUGAACUCAAACUCCAAUCUUUUGGAGGAUGAAGGGAGGCGUAUCGUAGAAAAUGGAUCCAGAGUCACAAAGAAGUUGUGUGGUAGUAGUUCACAGCAAAAUGAGCUUGUUUUGAGAAUAGUUGUUUUUGUUCAUGGGUUUCAGGCAUAUGAUUUGACCAAGUAUGCUCCUCAUGACUCAACUUCACAGGGAAAUCAUUUGGACUUACGUCUUGUUCGGAACCAAUGGCUUUUGAUAGACCCCAAGAUACAAUUUCUAAUGUCAGAGGCAAAUGAAGAUAAAACAUCUGGAGACUUCAGAGAAAUGGGAUCACGGCUUGCCCAGGAAGUGAUCUCCUUCCUGAAAAAGAAGAUGGAUAAAGCUUCAAGAAGUGGUAACUUGAAGGAUAUCAAGCUUAGCUUUGUUGGUCAUUCUAUUGGGAAUCUCAUUAUUAGGACAGCCUUAACAGAGAGCAUCAUGGAGCCAUAUCUAAGAUACUUGCAAACAUAUGUCUCCAUAUCUGGUCCGCACUUGGGUUAUAUGUAUAGUUCGAACUCUUUAUUCAAUUCAGGGUUGUGGAUAUUGAAGAAGUUCAAGGGCACACAAUGCAUUCACCAACUUACAUUUACAGAUGACCCUGAUCUUGAGAAUACUUUCAUCUAUAAUCUUUCCAAGGAGAAGACAUUGGCUAAUUUCCGGAAUGUGCUUCUUUUGUCCUCACCUCAGGAUGGCUAUGUUCCAUACCAUUCGGCCAGAAUAGAACCAUGUCCAGCAUCUUCUUUGGAUUUCUCUAGAAGAGGGAAAAUCUUUAUGGAAAUGCUGAAUAACUGCUUGGACCAAAUCCAAGCCUGCUCUGGCGUAGUCAUGCGCUGUGACAUCAACUUCAACACCUCUUCCUAUGGCAGGAACUUAAACACACUUAUUGGACGGACAGCUCAUAUUGAGUUCCUGGAAUCUGACUUUUUUGCAAAGUUCAUAAUGUGGUCUUUUCCCGAGCUGUUUAGAUAG